AUGGCUGUGGUGGAUGUCUUGACAAUGGAGGGACUGAGGGGACUGGACACGCGCUGCCUGCAGCCUCAGUCCAACAUGGUGCGAGUGUUCAUCAGCUCCAGUCUCUCAGAUUUGACUAGUGAGAGAAAUGCCUUUUGGGACAAAGCCUAUCCUGAGAUACAAGACUUCUGUCAGAGUCUGGGACUAGUCUUUGAGGUUGUGGAUUUCAGAUGGGGUGUGAGUGAGUCAGUCCCUGCUGAUCACAUGAUAACCGAGCUGUGUCUGCAGGAGAUAGAGUCAUGCCAGAAAGUGUCAACCGGACUUAGUUUUGUUGCUUUAUUGGGCAGUCAGUAUGGCCACCGUCCCCUCCCUCGCCUCAUACCAGACACUGAGUUUGAACUUCUGCUCUGUAAACUUUCCAGUGACCAGGAAGGCUUGACACUUCUUAACCGGUGGUUCAUCAAAGACAGCAACUCUGUACCCCCUAAAUAUGUCCUUCAGCCAAUCACCACACACUUUCCUCAUUAUAAUGACGCAGGACCUGAGUCUGGACCACAGCGGGAUGGAGAUGUCAUCUCUUGGAAGCUCACAGAGGCUCGGCUGUUGCAGCUGUUAUGCACCGGCGCGCUGCAGGCAGAGAAGAAUGGAGACAUCAGUGCAGAGCAGAAGCACAAUUUCUUCAAGUCAAUGACGGAGUGGGAGAUUCAGCAGGGUUUUCUCAGGACUCAGCAGGAUGGCCCUUCAGCUGUCAUCUUUAUCAGGGACCUGCCCCAGCUGAAGAAGAGCGACCAACAGAAGCAUAUCUCGAAGUUCUAUGAUGUCACAGCUGACGGCCUCCUGGACACAGAAGCCCAGGAACUCUUGACCAAUCUCAAACAGCGCAUCAACAGUGCCUGCUCAAGUAAUCUCAGCCUCCACCGUGUAGAGCUUAGCAAGGCAGCCAUUGACGAGAACCGUAAGGAACACAAGGACUAUCUAGAGAACUUCUGCAAGCAGAUUGUGUCUCAAAUAAAGGCUAAGAUUGACAGGCAAACUGCUCCACCGACAGCUCCGAGCUGGCUGUGGCUUCAGCAGGAGCUCUUCCAUCACUCAAAGCUGAGCAAUGAGAAAUAUGCUGUUUUUUGUGGGAGAGAUGCUCUUCUGGGCAAGCUCAGUGUCACAAUGUGGGAGUCCUCAAGUACCCAGCAUCCUCCUCUUGUGGUCUAUGGGCCUCCAGGAUGUGGUAAGACUGCUUUGCUGUGCAAGAUGGCCCAGGAGAUGCGGGCUGUCCUGGAACCACAAGCUGUGGUUAUGCUGAGAUUGCUGGGUACAUCUCCACUCAGCACAGACGUGGACUUUGUCCUCAAGGGUCUCUGCGUUCAGGUGUGUGGAGCCUUUGGCCUGGCGACCCCUUCCCCACAGACCGCCAACACACAUGACAAAUUGUUGAGGUUCUUCCAUGUUUUGCUGCAGAAAGUGUCCGAUCAGGGAGAAACACUUCUUCUCAUCUUGGACUCCCUGGACCACCUGUCUAAUGCCAACAAUGCUCAUAAAUUGCAUUGGUUACCUAAAGAAAUUCCACCAAAUAUCCAUUUGGUGGUGUCUACCCUAGAUGAAGGGUGUCCUUUGGAGGGCUUGACAGCCUUUAUUAAUGAUGAUAAAUAUUUCUUUCAAGUAGAGCCACUGACCCUUGAUCAAGGGCAGAGCAUCACUGAUGCCUAUAUGUACGUUGCUGGACGAAAGCUUACCUCAGAGCAGAUGGAUACCAUACUCCACAGCUUCCAAAAGAGUGGAAGUCCCUUGCAUCUGAAGCUAAUGCUGGACAUGGCAAAGCAGUGGUCAUCCUACACCACCAUGUCUGAUAUUCAACUUGGCAAUUCGGUACCAGAGGUCAUUUCAACAUUUCUUCAGGCACUGGAAGUCAAGCAUGGCAAGAAGCUUGUUCGUCAUGCUCUGGGUUACAUCACCUUAUCGAGAUUUGGGUUGUCCGAGGCCGAACUACGGGAUAUCUUGUCAUUAGAUAAUGAUGUCCUGGCAGAAGUCUACCAGAACCGGCUUCCCCCUAACCACUCACUUAUACGCUUUCCUCCACUUCUGUGGGCUCGCCUCAGACAUGACCUAGGGGAUCACCUAGUGGAGAGAUGGGAAAAUGACACUUCUGUAAUAGGAUUUUCCCUCAGACAAUUUACUAAGGUAGUGAAGGAGAGGUAUUUAUCUGUGGAGCUGCGAGUUCAAAUGCACACUGUUCUCAGUGAGUAUUUUACUGGUCAGUGGAGCCACAGGCAACUUAAACCAAUACUUCUGCCUUCGCUGAUGACGCAGCUGAAUGCUGACAGAAAGGUGCCGUCUCAACCCUUGUGGUUCACUGAAGGAACUGCCAACCUCAGGAAGCUGCAUGAACUGCCCUAUCACCUCUUACAUGCAGGCAAAUGGGAGGAGCUGCGCCAUUCAUUGCUAGGGAGUUUGGACUGGCUGUACUGUAAGACUCUGAGCUGUGGAGUGGACAGUGUAAUCCAGGACUUGUCGCUCUGUGCUGAUGUUAUGGACUGCCUAGAAAUACAGCUGAUCCGAGAGUGCUUUCUGCUGCUGAAGCCUACCGUAGAUUUUAUUGAUGGAAAUAUAGACUCUUCCCUGCUGUUCACUGAGAUCAUUGCCAGGCUUCAGGGUCUUGCGCAUGCGUACCCUGCUCUGAUUGGACGCCUUUGCUCGCAGUGCCAGGAUUGGUUUGCUUCCUGCUCAGACCCAGUGCUGAUUCCCAAGAGUAGCUUCAUACAGGCUCCUGGAGGGCCUUUAAAGACAACCCUCAGUGGGUUUACAAAAGGAGUGAGUGCAGUAGAUAUUUGCUGUGAGAAGAAUAUGCUGAUAGCAGGUUCAGAGGAUGGAGAGUUGAUUGUGUGGGACUUAAAACAUUUGGAGGUGCUUCAUACACUUGAAGGACACACAGGUGCGGUGCAGUGGGUGAAGCCUGUGGAUAAAGGUGAUCACUGUUUGUCUGCUGGUUGUGAUGGCUGUGUUAGGAAGUGGAGCAUGUGCAGUGGUAAACAGCUCUACUGCAUUCAGGCUGCAGUCUCAGUGCAGUUCCGGACCACUCCGCUGCUCCACGUGCUCGACUCCAGAGCUGUGCUCCUUUCCAGCACAGACAGCCAGGUCAAAGCCUGGAAUGUAGACACUGGAGAUUUCCUUUAUGAAGUCAGUGUGCAUGCAGACAAUUUGGUGCUUGGCAUUAUGGGGCAGGAAGUGGCAAUCGUGUCCAGUGAUGGCCAACUCUGGCUCCAUGACGCAAUCACUGGCCUGCAGAAGUCUCAUAACCAUCUAACCUCAGCUCAGGAACUUACUAUAACAAGCGUCCUCACGUUUACCAAGCACGGACGACUCCUCAUCGCAUCUCAGGAGAGCUCAGUGAUCUUGGUUUCGGCCACUGACAUACUAGCUAAUGUUGAGCUUCCUGCUCCCGCUUCAUUUAUGUGCACCUCUAAUGAUGAGAAAACCCUUUUUGCAGGCUGUGAGAGAACACUGGCUGUGCUACAUCUUGAGCCAAACUCAGUGCACAGAACCCAGGACUUCCAGCAUGAGGCCAUAGUGUUAUCAGCUGCUUCAUACAGCCAUGGAAGUAAAGUCAUCACCGGCUCUCUGGAUCAGAUCAUAAGGGUUUGGGGUUUAACCACUGGACAGCUGCUGGACUCCAUCAGUGGUAUGGCCUCUCCUGUCACAUCUUUGUUGGUGUACAACACCACCAUCAUCUCUGCCUCAAGCAGCUCUACUUAUCUCAAACUGUGGAAACUAGACUACGAUUCCAAGCACAAAAGCCAGUCUUGCGUUCCAGCUAACUGCCCUAGAGUGGUCAUAUCUAAAGAUGGCAACACUGUACACUUCAUCAGAGAAGAAGAUAAAAGAAAAGUGUUCACAUGGAGCUGCACCGAAGGUGAAGUUUUCCAGAUUUGCAUGUCCAGUGACUCUAUGGAAGUAUCCUCUGAUGUGUGCUGUAUGGAAUUGGCUCAGCAGAAGCGGCUGCUCUUCUGUGGUCUUCGCACUGGCACCAUCCUUAUCUACCCUUUAGCCUUCACACAGGAGACCCUGUGCCUCCCACCUCCAGAGAGCCUGCCUGAGGUGCGCAGUAUGGCCAUCAGCCCCAGAGAGGACAGGAUGGCCGUGUCUUAUGUGGACGCGGUGUGCUUGUUUGAGAUCACGGCUCGGGACAGCUUUCCCUGUGUGGAGGGCCCCUUUGAAAGCUACUCUCUGUCCCUGCUGCACUCUCCGGUAUCUGCCAUGGCUCUGCUGACCGACUGCAGGCUCCUGUAUGGGACUCUCGGUGGAGAGGUGGCCGUCUAUGACUUCAAGAACGCAACAGCAGCAGAGCUGGACCACCACGGAGCUGCAAUCACCUGUGUAACCUUGAGCAACUGGGAUACACACGCUCUGAUUGGCUCUGAGGACUGUGUCCAGAAGCUCUGGAAUCUGAGCCCACUGUUGCUGGACCAUACCAUGGAAUAUAAGGGCUUCUACUUCGAGGGGGUUAUGUGUGCAGCUUUCUCUGUUAAUGACAAGUACGUGUUCACUGGUUCUCGGGACAAAACAAUCAAAGUUUGGGAUGUGGCUACAGGGUCUUUACUGUAUAUCCAGUACGUCUACGCUGCAGUCAUCAAAAUCACGCCCUUCAAGGACGGCUUCAUAGCCAUCUCGCAGCUCGGCUCUUACAUUAAGGAGGGCUUCCGUUGUCCAGACGCUCUGACCCCAGGCUACAACCCUCUUCGCAACUUCAGGGCACACUAUCGUGUGACGUCUCGAGAGAAGACUCUGGACCCACCUCACACUUUCCUUAAAGGGGAUUACAAUCCGGCUCAGUUCAACUUCAUGAGCAUGUUCAAAACAAAACAGGCCAAGUCAACCAACACAUGUGUUCUUCUAUGAGGAGCAAGUAUAAAGAUGUUCUGUUAGGUUCCUAAUUAAUAACAUUAGUGAUUUUGUCAGA